UCUGGUAUGUGAGUAUGGAAGAUACUCAGUUACACACACUCGCACACACUCAGUAAUCCAGGCAUGUCAGUUCCUGUCUUUGAGGAGGUUGUGUUCGUCACUGUAAUCUCUGGAAAAAUGAUCCUGCCCGUUGUUUCCCGCCGCCGCCGCCUGCCAGUCGAGUGUGUGGGCAGAGCGACCUCAGGGUCCGUCGCUACAGCAACAGGCUGCACAGACUGAAGCUGCGAGCAGGAAGAAGAGACAAACACGGAGGAAAACAGUCAACAUGAAGAGGUCUGACAGCAGAGAGCAGGAGGAGAUCUGAAAACCUGCAGACGGAGAACGAGGGAGUCGAAACCUCCGACAGGAAGCAGCAGGUCCUGGUCUCUGCAGCCGACAUGUCUGCAGUCAGAGCUGCAGCCGUCCUGCUGCCGCUGAGCGUCUGCGUCCUCGCCGCCCUCCUCGUCCCGCCCUGCACAGGUCAAGGAAGCGACUGCAGCUGCAACAUCACCAACAGCCACUGUGACGAGUCCGGAGUCUGCAGGUGUGACCCCGGUUGGGACGGAGAGCGCUGCGACCGCUGCGUGCCGAUGCCCGGCUGCGUCCACGGCUCCUGUCAGCAGCCGUGGCAGUGCAGCUGCGAGCCGGGCUGGGGGGGUCGCUUCUGUGACAAAGACCUGUUCGUUUGCUCGGAGCAGCAGCCGUGUCACAACGGAGCGACCUGUGUGAUGGAGGACAGCGGUGAAUACACCUGUCUGUGUCCCGAGGGUUUCCACGGCCGAGACUGUCAGCUGAAGACCGGACCCUGUCACCAGCGGAGGUCUCCGUGUAAAAAUGGCGGUCUGUGUGAAGAUGCUGAUGGUUUUGCAGAGGAGCUGACGUGUCGUUGUCUGGCGGGCUUCACGGGGCCGCGCUGUGAGACCGAUAUCAACGACUGUUUGAUGAAGCCGUGCGGUAACGGUGCCACCUGCCUGGACGGCGUCAACCGCUUCUCGUGCCUCUGCCCGGCCGGCUUCACCGGACGCUUCUGCACCGUUAAUUUGGACGACUGCGCCAGCCGGCCCUGCCUAAAUGCCGGCCGCUGCCUCGACCGCGCCGGAGGCUUCCACUGCGUCUGCCGGCCCGGCUACACCGGAGUCACCUGCGAGACACUGCUGAGGAACCAAGACGUCCGCGAACCCGGCUGGACGACGCAUAGGUGGGAGGGGGGAGGAGGAGGCAGGGUCAGACACCACACGACCACCGCGGGCAAGAACCAGAGGACUAGCAGUAACAGUAGUCGUCAUGACAACCGGCUGUUUAAGGUGACGGUUAGUGAGCGCGGUGCCUCCGGCCUGACGGAGGUCCAGCUCAUCGUCCUGCUGGUUCUGGCGGGACUGACGCUGACCGUGGUGGUGCUGACCGUCGCCUUUGUCCUGCAGGGUCACUGCAGGAAGUGUGGCCACGCCCCCUGCUGGCCACUGACAUCAUCAUCAUCGCCGUCAUCAUCGCGGCGAGGACAGAAGAGCAGGCAGCGAGCGCAGCCAGACGAGCAGGACUGUCAGAUCAGCUUCCUAAACGCUGCAGAACCAGAGAAGAAGAAACUCAACACAGAGGUCAUAUAGAGCGAGUGGGCGUACAAGCACAGGAAUGAACAGAGAGAGAGAGAGAGAGAGAGAGGGGAGGACAUGCUCUCUCGCCCAGCUGGUUCGACCCCCCCGUGUGAGCACAGGGUGAGAGGUCAGAGGUCAGAGCUGUCGUCAUGACACUGAAACUAUAACUGAUGUCGACCUGACAGCUUCACCUGCCUCAGGUUCAGGUCUGAACUGGGAUCUGGUCUAGGAGCUGGUCUGAUUCUCCCAGCAUGCACCUGCUGGUAAUAUGCAAAUGAAGCAUGACAUCAUAACCUUUAUACUCAAACAGUCCUGAGGUCGAACAGGACUGAGGAGUGUGAGGGUCACUCAGGACUCUCCUGGACCACCUGUACGUUCAUGUUCCCACUGCCACUUUCAACUACAAUACCCAUGAGCCUCAGCUGCUGUUGCCAUGGAGAACAGGUCAAUCAGAGCAAAUAUAAAACUGCUUUAAGCUGCAGAUUCAGUUGUUCGUCUUUAGCUUCCACCUGCUCACCUGACAGAGCUUUCAGCUCUGCGAUUGGAUGUUUUUGGCCCAAAUACAUCUUGGGAGUCGUAGUUUUUGGCUGCAGGAACCAGGAGAGUCUGCUCACACUUCACAGCUCCACUGACCCAAGAUAUGAAUGUUAUCACUGUGUGAGGUAACAUACUGUAUAUUUCUUUGUCUGUGAACGACGUAAAUAUAAACAAGUAUAUAUUCAGUCAUGUAUAACUCGUAUCACAUAUCAAACAUCCCAUAUUCCCUUGUUUGGUGUAAUAUCAGUGUUUAACACUGUGUCAAAGUGAACUGUCAUCACAUUAAUACUUUUCUACAUGUAAGGAAGGGCAUACUCGUUAUCUCAAGAUAUCAAAGCUCGUUAUCCUCAGAUAACAGGAGAAAAUUACUUUGUUAUCCCAAGUUAAUGAGAUAUCAUCUUAAAUCUUUUUCACCUGAUAUCGUUAACUAGGAAUAUCUUGAGAUAACGGGAUAAGUAUGGCCUUUCUCAGCUUGGAAAACACAGUUGGAUUAUUUUACAGACAGCAGUGAGGUCUGUGGGAUUACAGAACAAUAAGGGUUAAAAAAGAUGAGUGACAUCUUGCAGUUCCUGAACGUGCAGAGCAGAGCGACAGGUUCAAGCGUUUAAACCCCAGCGGACUUCAGUCUGACAGCUCUGCUCUGAGCCAACAUGUGUUUGUAUAUUUUACAAAGAGUUUUAUAUGGAAGUGAAUUGACAGUGUUUCGCUGUGAGCGUCAGUGUUUUGUUCUGUGGUGAUAAAACGGAAGCGCUGCGUCUCCACGGCUUUAAAAACCUAAUUUAUUGGUGUAAUUUAUCAGCGGUGUGUGAGAGUCGGACGUUUUUAUAACAAAGUGUGUGCAAUAAAGUUGUGAAUGAUGA